CAGCAAUAACUGUUUUUAUCCAACUAUGUAUAUCGUUCUUGUUGGUAUUUACAAAUCGACAAAAAAGUUAUGUUCAUCCGAUCCAUUGUGAAUUGCUAAAUUGAACUGCCAAUCUGCUGCCAACAUUUCCAUUAACAAUUUAGAUAUUUCUUGACAUUGAAUGGUAAAUAAACAAACAGAUUGCGAUUUUCAUUGAAAAUUAAACAAAUCAAUGGGUGGCAGAAGCUAUUAUUGUGAUUAUUGUUGUUGUUUUAUUAAGAACGCUGUUAAUGUACGCAAGACGCACAACUCUGGAUUAAUUCAUAAAAUGACUAAACUUCGCUAUAUGCGACGGUUUGAAGACCCGAAAAAAGUGCUGGAGGAAGAAAGUAAGAAGGAGCCAUGUAUGCGCUUCUUAAAUGGAAAAUAUUGCAAAUUUGAUUUGAUGUGUAAUUCAACACAUUUCAACGAACAACAAUUGAAGCAAUUGCGAAAAAUCGUUGAAGCACAAGAAAGAACACAAUCUUUAAAAACUACUACAACAGCGAGAGAUGACAACUCUGUUAAACUUCCGUGGCAAAGAUUUCAUAACAAAAAUAAUAUAAAAAAAUUUAAAAUCAAACGCUUACCGGAAUCAUUAAAACCAAUAAAUUUUAAUCGAAUGAGAAAUUAUUGCCCUAAUGUUGAAUGGGGUUAAAGAUAACAACAACAACAACAAAAUCUCUAUAGACAUAAUAUAUUUCAAACAAAAGAAACUUAUAUUUUUAACAAUAAUUAACUAGU